UUUUUUUUCUUCUCAUUUUUGGUUAAAAACAAACAAACAAACAGGAAAAAAAAUUCUUAUUUUAAAAUGCUUCUUUGAAAGGCAACAGAGCAGAAACAUCACCCCAUCAUCCUGCUGCAGGGCACGGGCUGGAUUUGGGGUGUGAGGGGGGACAAAUUUCUCCCCAUCCUCAGCCCACAGGGAGGUGGUGGCUGCUCAGCACACCCCUAAAGCAGACAGGAUGCUGGGAGACCCCUCAGGAUGUGCUGGAGCCAUGCUGAAGUGCUCUCCUGGAUUUACAGAAGCUCAGAACCCAUCGGGGGCGCCCGCUCUGCUCUGGCUGUCCCUGCCAUGGGUGUCCAGCAGGAGCUGUGCCCACACUGCCUCGAGGAGCAGAUGGGGUGGAUCUGUUCCCUCCCAGGAUGGGCUGGAGCCGGCCAGGAGCUCUGUGUGAGCUGGACAAAGCACCAGGACGAGUGCAGGGCUCUGGUGUGGCACAACCUCCAAAGGAAUGACCAGGGAUGGUCUCAGAUCCUGCCUGGCCUCAACACUGGCACCAAAACCCUCCUGGUCCCUGCAACCCACCCAGCCCAGAAGAGACAGAGCCAAAGCCUAAAGGGGGGCACCAGAGACCACCCAGAGCCCCCAGGAGCGUGUCCAGGGGGUGUCUGUGCCAGCAGUGUCCGUCAGUCCUGGCUGCAAGGCUGCGGAAAGCACCACAGAUCCUGGCAUUACACUGGGCUCUCUGCAAGAACAGCAAGGACAAAACUCCUCUGGCUCCUUUGGCUGGCAACAAGGAGGAGGAGGAGGAGGAGGAGGAGGG